AUGUGCCUUGGUCAGUGUGAACGUGGGUCAUCAAUUGAUAAAAUAGAUAAUAUAAAAGAACAACAAAUAUCUCCAGCUCAUCAUCUAGAUACUACACCAGCUAUUGAACGUGCGUCAUUUACGCUCGAAAAGGAAAUUCUUGAUGAUGAAAAAGAUGAAAUUGUUUAUAGUUCGACAUCGAAUAUAACGAAUGAUGAUGGUGAACAAACAUCAGCAAAAACCAAUGAUAAUUUAACAAAUUCUUCUGUCGAAGAAACAACUGAUGAUGAUGAUGAUGAAGAAGACAAUGAUGAAUCGGACAACGAAGAAGAAAGAAAUAAUGGCGAUGAUGAUUCAGCUAUUAGAUUAGAUACAUCAAAAAGUGAUUCAGUAACAGAAAUAUCUAAAGCAACAAAUGAGAAAAAAUCAUUUGCUGAACGAAAACAAUUUUUAAGCAUCGAUUCUGGUCAUAUUCAAUCAGAAUCUCCAUCACCUGUUGAUCUUUCACCACCAUCAUCAUCAACAUCAUCGUUAAAUCAUCAAAUGUUAACAUCGGCUAAGUCAGAACCGAUGACAUAUUCAUAUUUUCGUGCACCUUGUCGAAUUUGUGGUGGUUCAACAUAUGAUGAAACAUUAACAAUUCAAAUAGGAAAACAAUAUUUCCAUAAAACAUGUUUACAUUGUUAUUCAUGUGAAAAACAGUUAAAAGAAAAUGAAUAUAAUUAUUAUGAUUUAUUAUCUGAUGGUAUCUAUAAUUUUUAUUGUACAUUACAUUUUUGUAAAAGUCGUCUUAAACAAGUAACAACAACAUUAGCAACUGCUACUGAACAAGAAUCCCGAUCAACAAAUAUCUAUCCAAAUUUGACACAAUCACGUUCGAAUACAAAUAUACAAUGGAAUAAUAAUCUUCGUUUAUAUCCAUCAUUAAGAGAUGCUCUUAGUCAUAAACCACAUCCACUUAAUGUUGUAAAUAUUCCUAAUGAUGAAAAAAAACGACUAAGUAUUGGUUUUGAACAACUUAAUCAAUCUAUAUCAAAUAAUCUAAAUAAAAAAAUUUCUCCAACACUUAUACGAAGUAAAACUUUUGAUGAUACUUUAACGAUACGUUUAACUGAUAAUGAUGAAAAUUUUAAUAUUGAUUCAAAACAAUCAACAAAUGAAUUAAGUAAACAACGUUUUAAACGACGUGGACGAAAUCGUCCAUCAUCACCAUUACCAUCACCACCAUCCAAUGAUUCUCAAAUGAUAUUAUCAACAAAUUUCAAACAAGAUGAAACAAAAACUUGUGAAACAAAUUCAAUAUCAAUAAUAAAUCGAAAAAAGAAAAAAAUUCUUAAACCACAAUCAAAUUCAAGUUUAUCAACAGCAUCAUCAUCGUCAACAACAGCAUCAACUCAAUCAUUAGAUGAUGAUAAACUACGUUUCACAGAUGAACGUCGUCAACGACGUGAAGAACGUCAAAAAGAACUGAUUCGUUUUCGUCGUUCACAAGAAAUUCAACGUGAACUUGAUGAACUCGAACAAAAACGUCUUGAAAUUGAUAAACGUCAUAUAAUAGCACGUCAAAAUCUAAAUUCAUCGAUAAAUAAUGAAAUGAAAAAAUCUUAUUGGGAAAGAGAAUGUUUAUGUAUGGUUCGAGAAAAAACAACAUUACAACGUACAGAAGAAGAAUUAUUAAUGGCUAAACGUGGUUUAACAUUAGAAAAUGAACGUGCACGAGCAGAAAAUGAAUAUCGACAAUUAAUUAAUUUACCAGAUGAACAUAAAACAAUGAAAGACAAAGAACAUGAAGAACAAUUAAUAAGAACAAUUUCAAAAUUAGUUGAAGCAAAAAAUCGUUUAACAACUGAUCUUGAUCAAAUGCGAAUAAGAGAACUACAGGAAGACGAAUGUCUACGUCAUGCGUAUCGACUUCAUGGAAUCGACCAUCAGAUUACAAAUUGCCAUGCACUUGAUAUUCUUAAAGACAUUAUUUAA